UUGCUGUUUACUGGGUCGGGUUCUGGGAAAGGGCCAGAUUGCAUCAGACAGGGCCUGGGGAGGACACGUGGCCUUAUAAGUUGGGGCCCGUGAACAGGGAGGUGUCAGGAAACCAGACACAAACAAAGCGUUGGGAGACGGCAGGGAGACAGCAAGGGAAAGUCAGGUGUGAUGGCCACCUGCCCGCAAGCAGCCAGCCCGGCCCAGCAGCCCCCAGGUCCGGAGGACGAAGACCUCAGCCUGGAUGAGUAUGACCUCUAUAACCUGGCUCCUUCUUACCUGGGAGCAGGAGGUCGGAAAGGUCGCAGCAAGAGAGAAGCUGCCGCCAACACCAACCGCCCCAGCCCCGGUGGCCACGAGAGGAAGCUGGUGACCAAGCUUCAGAACACGGAGCGGAAAAAGCGAGGGGCACGGUCUUGAGGCAGAGCUGGAGAUGAGGCUACAGCACGGAUACCACACAGCGAUGGAGACAGGACUGCGGAGAAUUGGCACCUGGGGGAGGGAUCCAGGCCUGCCUGCCCUCCCACUCCACCCCGGGACUUACCCUACCUGACUAGGCUCUGAGGGGCCACCAAGCCCCAGAAAAAGGACAAGCUAGGGGUGGGGAGCAAGACGAAGGGAAUGGAGAGGCAGCGUCACGAAAGGUACCCCCCACCCCGAAGGAAAGACACCAAAGAAGCUGGAACCCCUUAAGGGUGGCAAGGACAAUAAACAAAAUUCAGCAGUU